UGUGUAACUUUCGGUUUCGUAUGGGAUCGUGUUCCGGUCUAAUACAACAUCAUGAAUGGAGUGACAAUGAUGGAUGAAAAUGAUGAAGAGAUCAAAAGCCCAAUUCGAAGACUUGGAUCGACGAGAAAAUUGAAUCUAUUCAACAAUAUUCGACAGCAGCUCAAUGAUCAGCUUAAAUUCCUGGAUGUUCGAAUGGAGGCACAGAUUGCACUGGUGCAGGAGUUACAAGAUUUCUUCCGGCGACGUGGUGAAGUAGAAUUAGACUACAGUAAAAGCUUAGACAAACUGGCCAAAAGUUUGCAGCUUCGCCACAAAGAGCAUCGUCAAAAACGAGAACAAUGGCCAAUGUUUUCUUCAUAUUCCUGCUGGCAGCAGCUUGUCAACCAAACCAAGUCACUCUCCAGGGAUCAUGCUGCAAUGUCGGAGAUAUAUUCCACUCAUUUGGUGGCUCGUUUACAAACAGUUUGGGACGAUGUGCAGCGUAUCUACAGAAAGUGUCGUGAAAUAGGAUUUGAAACACACGUUGAGAUUUUGAGAAUUCUGCAGGAACUGCAUACGAACAUGAAAACAUACCAUACGCUGCAGACCGAGGCGAAAGAAGCUGAUAAGAAACUGCGUGCAGCGGAAAAUCAAAGGAAUAAACUACAGCAAAGUGUACCGAAAGAGAAGCUAGAGCGCAGUAAAAAAUAUCGUUUGAUUGAGAAAGAGGUACUAAAACGAAAAAAUAAAUACACCGACGCAAGAUUGAGAGCGCUAAAGGCAAAAAACGAGUACCAACUGUGUCUCGAGGCUUCCAACACGACGAUCCAUAAAUAUUUCGUCGAGGAUUUGAGCGAUUUGAUCGAUUGCAUGGAUCUUGGUUUUCACUCGGUUGUUUCUCGCGCACUCCUUAUGCAUGUAUCCGCCGACCAAGGAAGAUGCCGUGCGGUGUUGCACAAUGCCGAAGCUUUGUCGCACAUUGUCAAUAUGAUGGACAGCCGGGCAGAUAAACAGAAAUUUCUCGAGCAGCACAGUGCAGCAUUUCGUAUUCCCAAACGGCUUGAGUUUCAAGGCCAGGAAGAAGAAGUUGAACCAGAACUGCAGAAAGCUCUGCACCAGGAAAUGGAGUCUAGAUUGCUACAACUAGAGCAACGGGUUAAUAACCUCCGCAUGGAAUCCGAAGAAAUCUGGAAAACACUGGAAACGGCAGAGAUAAAUCUUUUGGAUAUACUCAAUACAAAAGAUUAUGAUUGCACGAGUGCAUUCGGUGAUGGUGCUAUCGCUGUCCAGAAGUCAGAAAGCAUAUCCUUAAAAUUGCGAUCGGAUAAAAAUGAAAUCGAAGAGUUUUACAUAACGAAAAUUCGCGAAUAUAUUCUCGCAACGUCAAGGAUAGCCCGUUUGGACUCCAAAGCAGAAUACCUGCGCAAUGCUCUGACAAAAGACUCCGCCUGCAAAACCGACACGCUCACAAAACCCAAUGUCCCGAAAAGAAAACGGAUAGGCCGGAUAAACAAAUCAGGCCGACCUAAGCUUUUUGGUGGAUCACUGGAAGAGUAUCUUGAGGUAUCCGGUGAAGAAAUUCCUCUUAUUCUUCGAAGCUGCAUACGAGUCAUAAAUUUAUAUGGAUUACAUCACCAAGGCAUAUUCCGUGUGUCAGGAUCUCAAGUAGAAAUAAGUAAUUUUAAAGAAGCCUUUGAACGUGGCGAUGAUCCUUUAGCCGAGAUGACCGAUGCAUCCGAUAUUAACUCCGUUGCAGGAGUAUUAAAACUCUACUUGCGAGAACUACGGGAGCCUCUGUUCCCACUAAUUUACUUUGAUCAUUUUAUACAACUGGCACAACUAGAAUCCAAACAAGAGAUUGUUUCUGGUAUACGUAAAUUCUUCCAUAGUUUACCAAAGACAGUGGUGGUAGUUAUCCGGUAUUUGUUUGCCUUUUUGAAUCACCUAUCAGAAUAUUCGGAGGAAAAUAUGAUGGACGCAUACAACCUCGCUAUUUGCUUCGGUCCAACGUUGAUGCCUGCGCCGGAAGAUAAAGAUCAGGUUCAAUAUCAAAACCAAGUGAAUGAGUUGAUAAAAAAUAUCAUCGUUCAUCAUGCGGAUCUCUUCCAAAAGGAUUUGGGUGGGAUGCAGUAUGAGAAGUUCAUCACAUCAGAAACGUUCGAGGAUAUUGACAUUGGUGAUUCGCCCACGGAGCAAGUUUCUGAGGAUCCAGACUCAGAAGUGUAUCCAUCGGAAGAUGAAUCUGACACGUUUGAAGCAAUUGUUCAGUUUGACUUCAAUGCGCGAUCUGAUCGCGAACUUUCACUGCGCAAAGGAGAAACUGUGAUACUAUACAAUCAGGUGUCCAAUGAUUGGUGGAAAGGAGCAGUGAAUAACAAAACCGGUCUCAUUCCUGAUAAGUAUAUAUCGUUGAAAAUUAAGGAUGAAGAACGCGAUAAAAGUGAACAUUUGAAGUCAUCCAGCUCGGAAGAAUCUGUUCGAAAACGUCGCCCCAGUGGUAAUAUUUCACUUAACAGUCAACUUUCUAUAUGUACCCAGAACUCGAAUAUAACAUGUGGAAGCGAAUACACAACAUCCACAAUCAGUGCCACAGCGGGAGUCAGUAAAUUAACCGGGACAAGUAAUGGAGAAGGAGGUUGCAGUAAUGGAUCCUCUGGUGGCAGUGUUGCAGCUGGUUCUGUUGGAACAAUGUUGACAUCUCCGGAAUAUUCUCAAUCCGGGCAGAUCCCGUCACAGUCACAGGCUUCCGGACAGUAUGCUUUUGUGCAGCAUGGGCAUCUUCCCCCGAUAGCGUCAGUUCAGCAUUCGACAAUAGUGACGGGACAGAAGCUAGAAAGCGAUCCAAAAGAUCCAGAUUACAUGCAUUACGAUAGCGUCGAUCACCUUAAAGCGUCGCCGUACAGCUAUCAUGACGAACCACAUUCGUUUGAAAAUUCGUUCGAGUUUGUCGAGGACAUGGCACACUUCACAUACGAGGCCCAAAACACCGAACCAAUCUAUGCUGAACCUACGAAAGUUUCAGUGAACCGCGAAAAAUCACACGCUACGGAUAGUGGAACAAGCAGCACUAGCAAUGAGGAAGAAUCGGAUAAUGUAGAGCUUCGCGCGUCCCUUCUUGGUGGAAUCGGUGAACCACCCGAGCACAGCAAGUCAACGUUAGUAUUGAAUCGGCGCAGUGAAUCGAUGAUUUCGUCUACAACUUCAGCAGACGACGAGCUUCCGAAAGCGAUGUCGGGCGAUGACCAAUCGGACCGAUCCAAAUCGGUCAGAAAGUAUCACUCUAAAAGCUUUAGUCUGUCUGAAAACAAGCUAGCGCUAAUGGGAAGUGUUGGUAGCGCUACAGCUGCUGGUACAUUCAACGUAUUCCAGCAGAACCGAGACCUCUGGCAAAAGCGUGCUACACAGAGCUCGUAUCAAAACCUGGCAACAUCGCGCAUUCUCACCCGCAACAGAAUAGCUCCGGAUCUGGUUAUGGACCUUCCUCCGUCCGCCAUUAGCAAGGAGGGUACUGUGCAUGCAUCGCGCGAAUCACUUGACAACGAGCUGGAGGAUAUGACCUCAGCUGAACGAUUCGCUGCACAAAACCAAUGCACACUGAAAAAGAAUGAGAGAUUUUCGAACGAAUCCCCCGUGUACGAAAAUAAUACCGUGAAAAAGGAGGUGAAGCUGGACGCGAGUAGUGCUGUGGCUGUCGAUAAACCUAAGGCAGAAGUGAAACCACAGGAAUUUAAUAUUAAAUCCACUAGUAAUUCCACCAGCAGUGCAGCGGUGUUGCAUAGUACCGAGGUUCCGAAAACUGACGAAGCACACGAAAUUAAAGAAGUAUCAAUGAUAGAAUGCGGAAAUACGUCUUUAGCAGCAGUGCCAAUAACUGUAGAAGUUGAAGAAGACAGUCCUGUAGCAGAGGCACCCAACCCCGUCACGCAUACGCAUAAGGAUGUUUGUAAGAGUCCUAUUCCGACGCAUAAUACGCAGAAAUUUGUGUCCCAAUUUGCCGACCUGCACUUGACCGGAGGCUGUCUAGUGAAAUCUUUAGAAGGCACCACAGGCGCAAGCGCCCUUACGCAAGAACAACAGGCAAAGAGCCUCAGCUCAUUUAAACCGCAAGUAAAGGUUAAACCUCAGAUUCUUAAAAAGCCGCAAGUUCUGCCACCGCAAACACCAGAAAUGCAGCGCCGCAAUCCAAACAUGUAAUAUGUGACUGCAAAGCCGGUGGGGUCACAUGUACGUAUGUGCUCGACACGAACGAUACACUGGCGCCCGUGCUCAUGGAGUAAACGAUGCACAUUGAAGCAUACUUUACGAAUUUAAUAAUACUGAAAAUUACGAUCGAUUCUCGGCUUGAUCGAGGGGAGCAAAUAUGACCAUAUUAUGAAAAGAAAGCGUAUACUUAUAUAUGACUUUAACAAUAACAAUAAAAAAAUUAAUGAGGUGGUGCUCUGUGAAACGCAUGCUAAACAAACAAGUUUAAAACACCAAUAUUUGCAGUGCAUAUGUACUUACAAUUGCAAAAAAAAAUUAAAUGCUAAGACUGAGUCGGAACAAUAUUAACACUAACGGCCAUACAUUUUUUAAACUCCUUUGAGUGCCACUCACUCCCUGGUAUGAUUUUGAUUAAACUUGGCACAAAUGUUCAUGUAAUAUUCUAUUAAACUUACCAUUACCACUGGAAUUUACACUACUUUCGUUCAGAAUUCAACCGUGGGGGCAUGAUGGUAAGAAGUUUCCACCCCAAAUUUCUUUUGAUAAACAAAAGUUACAGUUUAAAUAAUGAAGAAUAAAUUAGGCAAUGGCAGCCAUUA